GCUCGUGGAAAAUUCUUUUUAAUAGAAUCCAAAUCCAACGUUCAGUAAGGAAAUGUCACUGAUGCUUCUAUGAAUUUCCACCUUCCAAUGGAUUAUUUGAUCACAAACCGUCCGAUUAAGGAGAGGGAGUGAUCUAACCGUUCACUGUAUACGAACUUGAAUUUCAAAAGCUGUGAAGAGAGAGGGAGGAAGGGCGAAGACGCAAAAUGGUCCCUCUCCUCUACCUGAGGAGUGUCUCUCAACUAUUCUCAUCUUCUUCGUUGUUGCUGCGUCCCCAAUCCCAACCAUUUUUGUUUCCUCACUUAACAAAUUCUACAAUCUAUAUCUUUCUUCUAGAUUGCUAUAAGGCGUUUGGAUCGAAGCCCCUUCAAUUGUGGGCGCUAUUCGCCGAACUUGGCCUUACAUCCUGAACUGCAUAAUCGCGAGGUUUUGUGCGCCUUUUUUUUAUUACGGGGGAUUCGAUAGCAGGUUUUGGAUCGGAAAGCCAGUAUAUUUGUGCUCAUUUUUGAAUUUGUGGGAUAUUGAGGGAAUCAUUCAUGGGUUUAUGAGAGAGAUGAAUUUGGAAUUCGCGGAAAAUUUUUAAUUUUUUCUUCCCAUCUCAUGGGAGAAGGUGACGGGGGUGAUUGCCCUGUGAAGAAUGUGUUAUCGGAUUCUGUUGCCGUGGUGCUGCCGUUGGAUGGUCCAGGGAAGAAGCUAGCGAGGCAGCUCGAUUUUACGGGUUUUGGUGGGGUAUCUGGUACUGUGGCUUCAAGCGAACAUCCGCAAUUACAACUGCAGCCUCAGCCACGUCCACAGUCAGUGCCUCGGGGACUGACACAGCAAACCAUGGUCGUGAUGCCAGUGCCGCCGCAGGUACCUCAUUCUUCAGUAAGGGUUGGGAAACCAGAAUCUCCAAAGUCAAGAUCAAGACCUAACUUUGAAACGAAAGACUCUACUCCAAAGAAGCAAAAACAGUGCAAUUGUAAACACUCAAGAUGCUUAAAGCUAUAUUGCGAAUGUUUUGCAUCAGGAAUAUAUUGUGAGGGGUGCAACUGUGUAAAUUGUUUUAACAAUGUGGAGAAUGAUGCGGCGAGACGGGAGGCUGUUGAAGCUACUUUAGAGCGCAAUCCAAAUGCAUUUAGGCCAAAAAUUGCUAGCAGCCCUCAUGGAACACGUAAUAGCAAGGAGGAGACCGGAGAAGUUUUAGUAUUGGGAAAGCACAACAAGGGCUGCCACUGUAAAAAAUCAGGAUGCCUUAAAAAGUAUUGUGAAUGCUUCCAAGCCAACAUUCUUUGCUCUGAAAAUUGCAAAUGCUUUGACUGCAAAAAUUUUGAGGGAAGUGAAGAAAGACAAGCUUUAUUCCAUGGAGAUCAAAAUAACAAUAUAACAUAUAUUCAGCAGGCAGCUAACGCUGCCAUAACUGGAGCUAUUGGAACCUCUGGUUAUUCAUCCCCUCCAAUAUCCAAGAAAAGAAAAGGUCAGGAGCCUUUUUUUGGGCCAACAGUCAAGGAUCCAUCUGUUGGCAGGCUUGGGCAGUUUCAACAGGCAAACAAUGUCGGAGUUCCUACACCUUCUUCUUCCUUGUCUUCUGUCCCUGGUGCCUGGGUUGGAGGUGCUGCAGUAGGUCCUUCAAAAUUCGCAUACAGGUCUCUUCUAGCAGACAUCAUACAUCCACAGCACUUGAAGGAACUUUGCUCUGUUCUGGUGUUAGUAUCGGGACAAGCUGCAAAGACACUCUCAGGACCAGAUCAGAAAACUUUAUUGGACAAGCAGCGUAUUGAAGAUCAGACAGAGACUGCCCUUGCUUCAUCUACUCAACAGCAAUUGCUGAGUCAAGUGGAGACUGAUGUCGAGAAAACUAUGGCUGAUGAUUGUUUGAGUGCAAACCAGACAGAUAAAAUUGACCCAGAUUAUUCCAGUUCAGAUGGCGCUGAUGUCUCAAAGGGGAGGCCAAUGUCUCCUGGAACUCUAGCCUUGAUGUGCGAUGAGCGAGAUGCAAUGUUCAUGACAGCUCCCUCUCCUAAUAGUUUGAUGAUGACCCAUGACUGCAGCGCAUCUUCACAGUCUGCUUGUGGACAAGGCAUGACAGAGGUGCAUGCAGAGCAAGAAAGGAUUGUAUUGACAAAGUUCAGAGAUUUUCUAAAUAGGGUUAUCACUAUGGGAGAAAUAAAUGAGACAAAGUGUUCUUCAUUAGCUAGAAGUGUAUUGGAGACUCAAAAGGACCCAGUCAACAAUAAUGUCGGGAAUACAAGUACUAAGACAACACAUCAUCAGCAGAUUGCCACUAGUAAUGGUGUUGCCAAAGCUGCAGUCCCACCCAUGGCCACAAACAUGAACAUAAUAACUUCGACAGCUUUAAUCCCUAAUAAUCUUAUUCCCGAUGGGGAAAAUAAGCCAAAGAUCGAAAAAGAGAUAUGAAAAGAUGUAGAAGAAUGUGCAGUGAAGUCAUUGAAAGGAAUAGUCAGAGAAUACUACGAAGUUGAAGGUACCUCUCAGGGGAGAGUGGACCUCUUUCAGAAGUCUGAACGCUGCUUGGAUUCCUUCGUAGGAUUAGAAGUUCGAUAAUGAAUUAAUGAACAUGCAAAUAAAGUGAGAACUGAGAAGUGAGAACCAAAAGCAAUGUGUAAGAGUAAGUGCUGGCUUUUGUGAAUAGGAAAUGCUGCGAUAUCAUCUCUGGAUAUUGUAACGGUUACCUCUUCAGCAUAGAAGAAUUUAGUAGUAGUGCUUUUGGUUGCUGCAAGGGUGUUGCCGAUAUUUUAUUUAUGUUUUUUGAGAUAAAAAUAAUGUAAUAAUAGGACCAUUUGAGGUCAAUGGAGGGGGUGAGGUGAGGAGUAUUAAUGAUGUAACAAUCAGAAAAUAUGGUAAAUAGAAGGCUGAAGUUUUGUUUGUCUUUCAUUUAGAAACUCCUGAAUGUACGGAAGCAACAACAUUUUGCAUAGUUUUGAACACUGGAUUAGUUGGUCUGACUAGUUGAAUUGAGGAUCGAUCCGACAUCAAGUCGAAGAUAUCAAACAACUGAUUAGGGCUUGAGAACCAGUAAAAGCUGAGUUCCAUCUUCUCUCUCAGGCGAUGGAGGAGACUGAAGCCGUGGCCCUCAAAUUCCAGAUCUCCAAUAAAAACACAUGGAGCACAAUUGCAAAUCUCUCUUUCCCAAUCUCGACGGCCAAAUCGUCAACGAUGAUGGCUAGAAAGCUUCGCAAUGCUAUCAACCUAGGCGGUGAAGGAACGAGCCAUCUCAGUGGAAAGGGAGGCUGAUGGAUUUGAUUCCAUGAACCAAACACCAAAAAUUACGGAGCGAGUCCGGCCGAGAAACCACCAGAGGCAUAACUUUGAUGUAUGAGAUAUCAUCUUUUACGUUGCCUCUCAUUUUGUAUUAUGCAAUGUAUAUUGUGCCAACGUAGGACAUAUCUUAUUUUGACAACAUGUAAACUCUAAUCCUUUUUAUUAAAUGCAUUUAUAUAAUCAAGAGGAUUAUGUUUGUCCCUCUU